GGCGAAAAUGCUUAAUCUCGACAGUGCAGAGCCUGUGGCGCCUAGUCUGUUAUAGGUUGGAGAUCCCACGUGGUUUUAACUUCUGUAUAAAAGUUUCUGUAGAAAAGUGGCCCAAUGUUGUGAUUUGGCAGGUCAAAAAGAAAGAAAGAAAAGAAAAGAAAAAGAAAGAAAGAAGAGGGGGGGUUAAACCCGUCGCCAGGAGAUUAGAGGCAGAUAAGCGAGGGAGAACAAGGCGCUUCUCCAACCGAGACCUUCCACUUGGCGAUCGGAGGCGGAACGUCAGGUUCAGGAGCUGGAGAGAGAGAGAGAAUAAAACACAAGAAGGCACAGGCAAAGAUCAACAGCGGCAGGAAGGCAGCGCGGUGGGUCUGCCUUUUUACUCACGAGAAGCCCAGUGCCAAAUAACAAGAAGGGCGGGAUUUGCUGAAUGCGAAGGAAAGCCUGAACAGACGGCUACUUUGAAGCAGGACCUGCUGACUUCGAUUUCCAGUCGCUUCUGGAGCUUUUCUUGCCCGCUUUCUUCCGGGGCUUUAAACACUACUACUACCAUUACUACUUGCAUGUUUUUUUAUUUAACUGUUUUAAUGUGGACAGCUGCAUGAUCGCGGGAUCUCCAGAAAGGGCCCCCAUCGGCUGGGCUGGAGCCCCUACUUGACCCCCCUCCCGCAAAAGAGGGGAAAGUGUGGGGGAGAGGGAGUACCCGCCUUUGUGGAUCGGACUGAGUGUCCCCCCCCCCCGCGCGCGCGCCGCCGCCUUCCCCUCCCCUCCUCCUCCUGCGCGCUGCCCGCUCUUGGCUUUCAGGUUAACUUCGCUUUGCCAGAGGCGGGCGAACCGAGGCGGCUGCGGCGGGCGCGGAAGGGAGAGCGAGCGAGCGAGCUAGGCAGGGCGCGCGCUACCCGCGCCGAAGGAGACGCGGCCGCGGAGCGCAACGAGGGACCGCUUGCUUCGCGCGGACGAGAGUUGGCUCGCUUCCCCUUCUCUCCCCCCCCCCCCCCAGCCUUGUGGCAAAGGGAACAGAGGGAGGCACCGCUGCCGGGAGUGCGCCCAGCUCGCCGCGAUAAAUUGGAUUGACUCUCUCAAGCUGCCCAGUUGAUCCUCCGCGCCACCCCUCCCCCCUCCCCUCUGGCCUUCCGAUGACUCUGGACUAAGACAGAUCGCCCUCCUCCCCACCCACCCCCGGUGUCCGCACUCCCCCCACCCCUCUUUUUCCUUUUUGGCUGGACUCUGCGCGAGCUGGAGGCGAACAAACUGAAACCAUGAAGCAGGAGCUGUCGCCUUCGGAGAUGCCCGCUGGUAACUGACCGCCGGGAGGCCGCCGGGGGACUCGGGCUCUCCGGGAUCGCACCCUCUCCGCCCGCCCCCCGCCCUGCCGCUCUCGGCGGACCGGCAACCAACUUGCCGCCUUGCCUCCCGCCGACCUGCUCCCUGGCUGGCCAGCCGAGGGGGACGCCCGGAUCCGGCUCGCCGGCCUCCCCCUGUCCUCCCCAACAUAGCGCCCCCUUGAGCUCCGCGCACCCCUCUCGGGCGCUCGCCGGCUCGGAUCGCCGCGCCGGACCUGCCUGGAGCUCGGCAUGGACGGGGCGGCUCGGAGGGGGGCCCUGGCCGCGCUGCUGCUGCUCCUGCUGCUGGCCGCCUGCUGGCUGGUGCUGGGCGCCGGUGCCUCGCCGACCCCUCCCGGAGCCGCCCCGCAGCAGGACACUUGCACCUCGUGCGGCUUCCGGCGGCCUCCCGAGGAGCGCGGGGCCGUGGACGGCGAUUUCCUGGAGGCCGUCAAGCGGCACAUCCUGAGCCGCCUACAGAUGCGAGAGCGGCCCAACAUCACCCACGCCGUGCCCAAGGCGGCCAUGGUCACGGCGCUGCGCAAGCUGCACGCCGGGAAGGUGCGCGACGACGGCCGCGUCGAGAUCCCCAGCCUGGACGGCCAGGCGAGCGGCGGCCCCGCGGCGCACGAGCAGCUCUCCGAGAUCAUCAGCUUCGCCGAGACAGGUGGGCCUGCCGCGCGUCGACCUAGCCCGCUUUGACCUCUUUGCCCUCCGCGCCCAUCACCUACCCUCCUCGGUCUGUAUGCCCUAAGCAUCCAGUCUUCCACCCCCAGCAGUUUCUUGACCUCCAGCAAACCCUUCUCGGCCUCCCACCCAGGCACAUGUCCCCGCACCUUGCAGCCUUGAAGUUAAACAUUUCUGUUUUGGACGCAGUUUGUCCAAUCCAGCACUGUCUACCCGCCCAAUCUAUCCUGUCCUAUCCGUUUUCCUUCUUUUGCCGAUUACUUUCUGUUAGCUCACUUGUUGUUGUUUAGUCGUUUAGUCGUGUCCGACUCUUCGUGACCCCAUGGACCAGAGCACGCCAGGCACUCCUGUCUUCCACUGCCUCCCGCAGUUUGGUCAAACUCAUGCUGGUAGAUUCGAGAACACUGUCCAACCAUCUCGUCCUCUGUCGUCCCCUUCUCCUUGUGCCCUCAAUCUUUCCCAACAUCAGGGUCUUUCCCAAGGAGUCUUUUCUUCUCAUGAGGUGGCCAAAGUACUGGAGCCUCAGCUACAGGAUCCGUCCUUCCAGUGAGCACUCAGGGCUGAUUUCCUUAAGAAUGGAUAGGUUUGAUCUUCUUGCAGUCCAUGGGACUCUCAAGAGUCUCCUCCAGCACCAUAAUUCAAAAGCAUCAAUUCUUCGGAGAUCAGCCUACUUUAUGGUCCAGCUCUCACUUCCAUACAUCACUACUGGGAAAACCAUGGCUUUAACUAUACGGACCUUUGUUGGCAAGGUGAUGUCUCUGCUUUGUUAGCUCACUAGCACCCCAUUAAUUUAUUUGCCCUGCAGGCCAGAUUCCUGCCUCACUGGUUUUUAUGUAAAUCUCAUUCUUGCCUUCAUCCCUUCAUUUGUUAGCUUGUCAUGUAGAUCUAGUCAUUGUCUCUUUGGUGUACAUCACCCUUCUAGACCAGGAGCGCAUCCCUCUCACUUACCUUGUUUAUUCAUCUGCAUUAGCUGCUACACUCUGUGCUCUCCUUCACUUUACUGGUCCUUAUUCCAGCACAUCUACUGUGCCAGCUCAUUCACCCAUCCAGCUAAGAAGAGCCUCUCCUUCCCCAGACUUAUACUUCCAUGUAGGGUACUCUCAGGCACCUCUCCUAUACUCACAUGGGUAUAUCCUUCCCACGACCCAUUCACUAUCUCUCAUGCCACCCAUCUCUUCUUAUCCGCCUCCUUAUCUGUUCCUUACCCACACACUCCAUUUUCUAGUGUCCUAUGGGAUAGUUACCCUUCCAUCCCUAACAUUGUGUGACUUCUUCUCUUCAUCCAGUAAUCCAUCCUCAUACCUUUUUGCAUCCAUCCAUCCUCCUAACUCACCCAUGGAUUCAUCCCCUAUACUCCACUGUCUAUGCCAGUCAGGUACCUGUCACACAUAGGCAUCAUUUUAUAUGCCUAUUCAGUACACCCACCUAUUUACCUUUCUACUAACAUCCCACUCAUUCAGUCACCUCCUUCCUCAUCUCAUUCAACCUCAGGUAUAUUCUUCUCUUCCUCCUUGCCAUUCAAAUCCUCUGCUGCACAUACCUGUCCAACCCAUGUCAUCUAAUCCCCUUUGUUGACCUACACUCUCCAUGUAUUCUAAAUCUUAUGAUCUUGCAUACAGUACCCACUUGGUGAUCCCAUCCAUCCAUCCAUCCACUAUAUAUCAUGUUGAGUUUUAUAUGCACCCAUCUAUCCUUAAACCUAUCACAUACCUCUUUAUUGUUUUCUAAUUCCUUAUUCCACACUCAUCCAUUCACACACAUUUUCAAACCAUGCAUAGUAGUGAAUUGGUACUGAACCAGCCCAUUUAUUUAUUUCCCACAAAUCUACUGUAUACAGUCACCCCUGUUGUAUUUGCCCAUGCACUAUAAUUGCCACAUAUGACCCAUUCAUCAACAAUAUCUGUUCAACUUAAUCUCAAUUUCUUGUAACAUCCAUUUUGCUACUUUUGGUACUAUGCCUCUCCAUGGUUCUUUAAUGGUAAGCUAGUCUUUACAGCAUUGCCUCCAUCCAUCCACCAUUCCUGGUUUAGUCAAUCUAAGUUUGAUUCUGAAACAGUCAUUUCAUCAUUCGCAGGCUGAUUUUCACUCAUCUAUCUAAAAUGUCAUAAGUAUCUGCUCUCCAUCUUCUUUAUCCACCCAUCCUAUCAACUUGAGCAAGAUGCUCUUGCUCAGUAACCUACCCUAUACCAUAUCUCCUUUGGUAUCCCUAACUACAGAAGUGUAGAUUUUCUUUUUAAUGUAUGCUUCUUCAGUUAGGUACUACAGCUUGUUAGCUGGUCUACCAGAAUGCUUUAGUUUCUCUCUGUCUACCUCUAAGCUUCUCCACCAAUGCAUACAACAGAUUGUCAUUUUCGAACUGUUUUUACAGUAUAACCUGAGGGUUCAUUGGAAGCUUAUUAGGGAAUUAUCAGUGAAGUUCAGCAGUGGUGAACAAGCUUUCAUUCCUCACAGAAUGCAGCCACAGUGUUUAAAGCUACAUUCUCAGUUUGUCUAGGGCUGGGCUGGGAAAGCUUAGUUGGUCCAGAAGUUCUAUCCUUUAUGACCCAUCUGAUGAGAGUUGGUAUCAAACAGCAUCAGGAGGGUCACUGAUUCCCCAUCCCUAACUGUGCCCACACGGGCUGAGUUUUUGCAAGGCAUGUGCCCCUAAAUUUAUUUCCACGUGCUAGGAAUCUAUGGCAGAUAGCCAGGAAUCUUUUCAGCAGACCACGUGACAUGGGACAGGUUCCAUUAAGGUAGAAAGUCCAAAAACCGCUGUAAGAGCUGCAGGUUCAGGGGAGAGGAUAGCUGAAUGGAUGAAGAGACGUGCUGCAAGAAUAGAUAGGUGGACGGUGGAUGGCUCUAUUAAACCCAUUAGUUCUCUUUCUCCCUCUUUCACUUCAUUUAUUACUUUCUCUUUAUCACCAUCAAAAAUACUUGGUUUGUGUGUUUUGCUUGUCCAUUACUUGCUUACUAUAUUUACAAGUUUCCAAGCUGCAUGCAGGUCAAGAGCUAUGCUUUGGAUGCCUAGAGGACAAGGGAGGUGGCUUUCCAGAGGCUGUUCAGCUCCAACUCCCAGCUGCUCCAGCCAGCGUGGCCAGGAGUCCGAGAAGAUGGGAGUUAGAGUCCAACAACACCUGAAAGGUCACUAGUUCCCUAUCCCUGCUUUAGGGUGUAGGAAGCCCAGUGGUGUGGCGCUGAGACACAUACAAUAAUUCAUAUGGUGUACAAGGUGUUCUUUCUGCCAGGGUCCCAGAAAGCACAUGAUAAGAAUAAAUGCUCAUUUGAAAUGAUAAAGUACUAUGAGAAGAUCACAAGAACUCAGUGAUUAGGAGCAGCUGAAGCUGUCUUACACUGAGUCAGACUAUUAACUCACUAUUGUUGAUACUGGCAGUGGCUGUCUAGAGCUUCAUGCAGGGGACAUUCCCAGCCCCACCUGGAGAUGCUGAGGACUGGACCUGAGAUCUUCUGUACGCAAAGCUCAACCACCCAGCUAAUUGUGCCUUCCCUUUUGGGCCAGAUUUAAAUGGCACUGUAACAAGGAUUCAGUAGUUCUAGAUGACAAUGGCAGUGCUGAGGUUUCUAUUUCUGGUACAGUAUACUGGAUGAAAUGGAGUUGAAUGAAGAAUAUUGGGUGAAGCCAUGAUUGGACCAAUCCUGUGCAUGCCUAUUUAGAAAUCAGUCCUGCUGAGUUCAAUGGCACUUUCCUAGGUAAGUGUGCAUAGGAUUAUAACCACAGGGGUCAGAAAGGUUUAGGUUAAGAGAUGUCAGUGACAUGUUUGACAGCUCCUCCCAUUUAUUGUUCAUAUUAUAAAAAAUAAAAGUACAAAUGAGAAGGUAGCAACCAAAUGCUGUAGCAUUUGUUUUUUGACUUUUCAUAGAAUUAUAGAAUUGGAAGGGACCGUGAGUGUCAUCUAGUCCAAUUCCUUGCAAUGCAGGAAUAUUUCACCCCAUGUGGGGCUUGAACCCACAACCCUGAGAUUAAGAGUCUCAUGCUCUACUGAGUUAUUUCUUCCAUGAAGAGAUACUGGGCACAAGUCAGCAUUGCUUAGCUCACUGAGCAAUAUUAGUGGGAUUUGUAAUAAGUCAUUAUGCUUGGGGUGUACGCUUGGUACCUGUGGUAAACACACACACACAAACACACACACACACACACACACACACAACAUUAACUUUUCCAGGAGCAGUAGAGGCUGACCCAUUAGUUGAAUGGGGCACUGCACCAAUAGCCUCCAUCUUCCCUCAGGCAGCACCUAUUUGCCUGCCAGUCCAUGGAUGGCAUUGCAUGUCAACUUUCUGGCUGCUGCUAGCUGGUGGUGGGUGCCUAGAACCUGUCCCCUGACACCUAGUUAUGUAUGUUCAUGAAGUAUGUUUGUAUGGUAUAGCAUGUCUCCACCUGCAGUUCAGUACUGGGCAGUCCAGAUAGACACUGAUUUAUACUUCAGUAAGAAGGUGGCCUUAGUUAACUGGACUAGUUAAGAGCCAAUAUUUCCCAAGGAUCAUGGGGCUGCUGGGUGAGAUUACAGCACAUCUAAAUUGUAACCAAAUCCUUUCUCUGCAAAAUGUUCUCUGAUUGUUAGCCAGGCCAACACUUAAAAAAACACGCCACUAAUUAGCACUUAUCCAGGUGCUCACAGAGUUCCUUUCAUGGCUCUCAAUCUCUCUGACCUUAAUUGCUGAUUUCUAAGGAUCUGGUAUUUUUUUCACCUAUAGCCUGAUUAGUUUCUCUCUGGGAACUCACUUAGCAAUGGGUUUAUAAAUACUGACUCAGCCGCCAAGCUCACUUUGCAAUUUACACUUAUCCAUUUACCUUUGGUCAUUUUAUUUAUUUACAUUAUUAUUACCUUUUUUGGCAUAUAGUAAUUUGCUGCGGAUAUUUCCUUUAAAAGCAAAGCAAAUCAGCACACCUUUUUGAACUUAACGGCAUUUCUUCCCCUUGCAUCUUAGAUGACCUGGCUUCCUCUCGAGUGCGCCUCUAUUUCUUCAUUUCCAACGAAGGGAAUCGGAACUUGUUUGUGGUUCAAGCCAACCUGUGGCUUUACUUGAAGCUGCUUCCAUAUGUCUUGGAGAAAGGCAGCCGGCGGAAAGUAAGAGUCAAAGUGUAUUUCCAAGACCCGGACACUAGCAGCAAGUGGAAUGUGGUUGAAAAGAAAGUUGAUCUCAAAAGAAGUGGCUGGCACACAUUUCCCAUGACAGAACCAAUCCAGGCUCUGUUUGAGAAAGGGGAAAGAAGACUGAACUUGGAUGUUCAGUGCGAAGGCUGCGAAGAGUAUUCAGUGCUGCCAAUUUAUGUGGACCCCGGGGACGAGUCUCACCGGCCUUUUUUAGUGGUGCAAGCCCGCUUGGCUGACAACAAGCACAGAAUCCGGAAAAGAGGCCUGGAGUGUGAUGGCAGGACCAAUUUAUGUUGCAGGCAACAGUUUUUCAUUGACUUUAGACUCAUUGGAUGGAAUGACUGGAUCAUAGCGCCACAUGGUUACAAUGGGAAUUACUGUGAAGGGAGCUGCCCGGCCUAUUUGGCUGGCGUCCCGGGCUCAGCUUCCUCUUUUCACACCGCAGUGGUGAAUCAGUACCGCAUGCGAGGGCUGAACCCAGGCACUGUGAACUCCUGUUGCAUCCCGACCAAACUUAGCUCGAUAUCCAUGCUGUACUUUGAUGACGAAUACAACAUCGUGAAGAGGGACGUUCCCAAUAUGAUUGUGGAAGAAUGUGGUUGCGCCUGAUUUGGGGAAGGGGUGUGUUUGACAAGGGACAGGAGGUCUAGGACAUUCCCAUACAGAAAUGGAAUUAGAAGGGUGGUUUUUGCUGCAUAUUCUUCCAGGCAUGGAUGUUUAAUAUAUAUAUAUAUAUAUAAAAUCACUGCAGAGAGGCAACAGCGGCAAGGAGCAGAGAUUACAACAGCAGCAAAGAUAUGUGUAUUGUUUCACUCUGUUGUCAGGGCCGUGGCAGUUCAUGGUUCUCGGACACUAAACUAUGCUACCACUUAUAGACUAAUGCUAUGAAGUACCUUAAUCCCACCCACACACCCAAGGACACAAAGCACACACACACACAGAGAGAGAGAGAGCGAUACACACAAACACACACAGUUGCAUGAUGCAGAUUGGAGGACAGAAGCAAGUUUAAACAAAGAAAAGAAAGGGAGUUAAAUGUCUGCCAGUGAUUAAAAAACAAUACAGUGGGCCGAUAGCCAUUUCAUCUGUCAGCCAGCCAGCCAUGUGUUUAGAAUGAAACCACAGGGAAGCACAAAAAAGAGAAAACAGUCUAAUAUAUUCGCAUACGCAGGUAUUUAAGUGACCAAACGACCAACCUUCACCUCUAAGGUCUAAAAAAAAGGGAAGGAGUAGCAGGCUACCUGAUUUACAGCAUGAUGAGCCCUUCCUCUUGAGGUUAAACAUAAUGUGUAUAUAUAUAUAUUUUUAAAGAAAUCACAAAUGGCCUAUAGCACUUCCAGAGUAGAAUAUUGCUACGAGAGAAAUAUACUUAAGCAAGUACCAUGAGCUUAAUAUAAUCACAGUUGCUGUAUUCUUCUGAAUGGUAUGUUGGCAUGAUUUCAUGCUUUUAACGGGCUAUGAGAUACUCCCAUCCUCACCCCACGUGGGAUCGGUAUCCUGGCCGCAUCAUCUCAAAAAGGGCUUGGGUCCAUCCUGUCCCCAUUUUUUGUUCGCUAUUCAUCUCAACAGUCUUCACCUUCUCAGAACAUCGGUGACAUCAAAAGUUGCAGCUUGUGUCCCGCGUCAGGGGAAUCAGCAAGAGCAGGCUUGGAGCGGCUGGGGAGGAGUAACAGGGAGAAGAGGAAACGGAUGGUGGUGGUGAUGAUUUAUAGCCACACAGUGGAUACAUUUUGAGGGAGUGUAUGCGGGUGUGGAAAUGCAAGGCGUUUUGUAACGGUUGAGGAACAUUGGAGAAGACUUGUGGAUGGGGGGGGGGACGAGAGUGGGGAGAGGGGUUUUUUAAUUUAAAAAAACCCCUUCCUAGAAUAUGUCAAGGAUGGCUGCAGAGCUCAAACCCCACCCCCAUGCUACAGCAUAGCACUCGCAAACUGCUUGAAUGCACAUUAUUAUAGCACUUGCAGAUUUCAAUCCCUUGAAUGGUUGGGACUUGAUGGUGCACUUCUCUUUGCUCACUUAUCUCUAGGUUAAAAACAAGUGCCGCAUGAGCUAUGCAAUUUUUUAAAAAGUGUUGACCCGUACUAGACAAAACUGGACUGAAAUGAGAUGACUUUUUAAUAUUUUUUUUAUACUUGAAAUUAAAUCUUUUGCUUCUUUUUUUUUAAAAGCGAAUGAUCGCUUUUCAUGUUUGCACUGAUGUAGUUGCACGACUUAGUCAAGAGAAAACUGCCAUUUGAAGAAGAAAAAAGGUUAUUUUUAUAGCAGCAAUAAUAAUGAUGAUGAUGAUGAACACAGUGAAAUGUAUUAUACAUAAGAUUUUGGAACCAAAGAGGCCAACAUAUUAAUUGUAAUUUUUAUCAGAUGGCAAGGUCAUCAUAUAUCUAUAUAUCAUGUAAUGAUACUGAAUACUCUGCUGUGAGGCCUACCAAUUUUUUUUCAGGGUACAAAAUUGAUUCUGUGACAUUUGGGUCAGUGUCUUUUCUAUACCAACAACACAUAGCAGACGAGAUGUGCAUCCUUUAAAAAAGAAGAAGAAGAAAGAAAGAAAACCCCAGUUGUUGUUUAUUUAAUAAAGUCCCUUAUAGGUUCUGUUCCAUAAUAAUUUAAAUACAAAACAACUUUCACUUAGAUUUUGCUGUCAGAGUAUUUUACAUUUGUGUACAGUUUAAGUAAAUAAAAUGGAGCGAGAGAGAAAAAAAAGUUUGAGGGCUGCGGCAGCUUCUUGCAAUUUUCCUGGCCUGUUUCAGAAACCCUUUUGUUACAAAGUCUAUCCAGAGCUGGAGAGGACCAGAGCCUCAUCACUGAAGAUGCUUACAUGCAAUUGAAAGGGACCACACAUGCGU